GGUACGUCGGUCGCGUGCAGACGAGAGCCCGGGUGGAUCUGUACGAGACAAGUCAUCCGGGACGGUUGGAGCUACCUCCAGGUGAGUCAAGCAUCGUUGACCUCCUCGCUUCCUUAACCUCGUGCGUCCCCUCUCCGUCUUCGCCCUCCCGCCCCGCCGGCCCACCGCUCCCGUACUACUCAGCCGCUGCUUUUUUAUCUCGCGAAGGCUCGUCUAUCACACCUGCAACAACGUGGAUUCAACGUCGAUUCCUCGCACGAGUUCCGACAUGUGUGCUGAUUUAUUUACAUAAUCACAACGAGACUCUUUCGAGCUGGACAAUGAAAAGGUGCAAAUCAUCAUUAUCAUCAAUACGACGAAAUCAUACUAGAGAAUGGAUCUGCAAAAGCCAUUGUGGGCGAAGAAGCUUAUCAUUGCAACCUGUUUUAUUCUCGCUUUCUUCUUUGUCAUCCUUGAAAAUUCAUGUAUUUUCGGAGGAUUGUCGCGACGCAUCAUCUUUCGUAAGAUCAAGUUCACGCCCGAGCAUCCUGAGCUAUUUUAUCGAGCCGCGGCCGAGAUUAAAGUCAAGGAGAUACCCUUGGACGAGCCCUCGACUUUAGAGAAGAUAACUAAGGUCGAAUUGGUGCCUCUUUGGACGAAUAAUGACUCGAUCAAGGUAUUAAUGAAAUGAAAUGACACCGACGAUGCACCGCUCAAGUACAAAAUUCUACGUCAACAGGGUUUAAUAGCGAGCAGGCAGCUUCCAAGUGCAUUAAUCAUUGGCGUGAAAAAAGGCGGCACUCGAGCACUUCUCGAAUUUAUGCGUCUUCAUCCGGACAUUCGGGCCGCCGGUUCCGAAGUACACUUUUUCGAUCAUCAUUACGCUAAAGGCUUCCAUUGGUACAGGCAUAGAAUGCCGGCGACGCUCGAUGGACAAAUUACCAUGGAGAAGACGCCCUCGUACUUUGUUACCAUCGAAGCACCGAGGCGAGUUCAGCACAUGGAUCCUGGAACUAAACUUAUAGUCGUCGUGAGGGAUCCCGUGAUUAGGGCAAUAUCCGACUAUACCCAGGUCAAGAGCAAGCGAACGAAAAUGCCGAAAUUCGAGGAACUGGCUUUCCUCAAUGGGUCACAGGUUGUGGAUACAACUUGGGCACCACUAAGGAUCGGCGUUUAUGCUAAGCAUCUCGAACGUUGGCUCAACUAUUUUCCACUGUCCCAAUUACUGUUCGUAUCCGGGGAAAGACUUAUUGCCGAUCCAGCGUUAGAAAUUAUAAGAGUUCAAGAUUUUCUUGGACUUAAAAGACUGAUUUCUGAGAAACAUUUUUACUUCAAUGCUACAAAGGGUUUUCCGUGUCUUCUUAAGUCAGAGGAAAGCGCCACACCGCAUUGCCUUGGUAAGAACAAGGGCCGGAAUCAUCCCUACAUUAAUCCAGCUGCCAUCCAACGCCUUAGAGACUUUUAUCGACCAUUCAAUCGGCAUUUUUACCAGUUAACUGGUAUAGAUUUUGGUUGGUCGUAAAAUACGUACAACGAAUCUCAAGUCCAUCAUAUCUAAUUCUAUUAUGUUUAUCCGUUAUAGCUUUUUCCUUGACUAUUUUUAUGAUCUUUUCUUUUUUAGUUUUGCGGAUG